ACCUGUUUCAUAAACCAUACUGAUAAUAUUAGCUAUUAAUAUUAGUCUCAUAAAUUAAUAAUAUUAGUAUGCUUUUUUCUGUUUCAUAAAAAUAUAUAUUAGACUAAUAAAAGUGAAGACUAAUAAUAUUAUUUUACUAGUCAGCUGUUUACAAGUUAGUGAGGUUAUGUCAUAAUUUGCGGUGCGGUUCCAUUAAGUGGCGUUAAAUUUGCAUAAUGUCUAAAAUAAGAAGUAAAAGAUCGGAAAAGCAAGUUAAGCAACAAAACUUUCUCCGAAAAAUUAAAGACAUGAAAGAUAGUCUAUUUGGACAGUUUUCUACCACACUGACCAAGGAAACAAAAAGAUCCGCAUGGAUGGAAGUUAGGGACUAUGCGGUUUCUAUUGGAUUGAUUACAUGCGAGAAAGACUACACCUACGUGCGUGAUGCUACUUGGCCUAAUAUUCGGAACCGAACAAUGAUCAAACUUGAUAACGCAAAAAAAACUGGAUCAGAUGGCGGCCCCGAUUCGAAACUUGAUGACACCGACAAGCUAGUAAUUGAAAUAAUUGGAAAAAACUCUCCAGUUAUAGAAGGAAUCGGGGUCGCGGAUUCAAUGGAGGAAGAGGUUGUAACCCAAACUCUACCGACUAAUACUGAGACAUUACCUGAUGUAACAGAGAUAAAAGAGGAUGUGGGAAAUACAUUUGAAGAUGUCGUAAGCCCACCGCUGAAGUCCCAAAAGUUAACAAGAGGUUAUUAUCGAUAGUUCCUAAAUUAAUUUUCAAUUCCAGCUGGCUUUGGAUAGAAGGCUACAGCUGGACAAAAAUACAUUUCCAUUAGAUAAAGACCUCGAUAAAGACUGUCCUCAUAAAAAGAUUAUUACUUAUAUUUUUUAUUUUUCCACCAAAAAACUCGUUUAUUUUUGUGCAUAGAAAGUAACCUUUCCAAGUAAGUUUUCCAAGCGUGUAUUUAUCAUUCCCUACACUGUCCUUUUUCCAUCAUUUGAUUUGACCUUUUUACUAAAAUUAAUUGUUUUCGGUUGCAGGAUGUCUUAAGAGAAAAAUCAUUGUCCAAAAUUCCAAUGAAACAAAAUACCUCGAGGACCUCAAGAGAAAAAAACUUGAACUAGAAGUCCGAAAAUUGGAGUUGGAAGUGUGGGAUAAAGAAAGGUCACUUAAUGUAAGUCACUGUAACCUUACAAGCCAUAUUGAAGAGCAAAAGGACACACAAAAUAUUACUGAAUAUAUUUUAAAUGAAGAAGGUGAUGUAAUCGGUAUUAAUGA